UGGCCCCUAGGAACCCACACACCCGGUCCUAGAGCGGCUGGACGCGGGGAAGGCCAGGGCCGGGGGAGGGGCGCGGGGCGCGCGUGAGGAGACCUCGCGGGCGCCACGCGAGAGGCCGGCGUGAGAGAAGGCGUUUGCUGCCGGUGGCCCGAAGCGGCCGGUGCCCGCGGUUCCCGCCGGCAUGAGCCACAUCCAGAUCCCGCCGGGGCUCAUGGAGCUGUUACAGGGCUACACGGUGGAGGUGCUGCGGCAGCAGCCGCCUGACCUCGUCGAGUUCGCCUUGGACUACUUCACCCGGCUGCGCGAGGCCCGCGACCAAGCCUUCGUCCCGUCCGCCGCCCCGCCUUCAGAGUUACACGAGCCGGCGGAGCCCAGCCCCGGCCCGACGGCCGACGAGAAUGCCAACAGCGACUCCGAAGACGACGUGGACUUGGAAGUUCCUGUGCCUAGCAGAUACAACAGACGAGUAUCAGUCUGUGCUGAGGCCUAUAACCCUGAUGAAGAGGAAGAAGAUACUGAUCCCAGGGUGAUUCAUCCUAAAACUGAUGAACAGAGAUGCAGACUUCAAGAAUCUUGCAAGGAUAUUCUCCUUUUCAAAAAUCUUGAUCAGGAACAGCUUUCUCAAGUUCUUGAUGCCAUGUUUGAAAGGAUAGUCCAAGUUGAUGAACAUGUCAUUGACCAAGGAGAUGAUGGGGACAACUUUUAUGUCAUCGAAAGGGGCACCUAUGACAUUUUGGUAACAAGAGAUAAUCAGACACGCUCUGUUGGUCAGUAUGACAAUCGAGGGAGUUUUGGAGAACUGGCUCUGAUGUAUAACACCCCAAGAGCUGCUACCAUUGUCGCUACUUCUGAAGGCUCCCUUUGGGGACUGGACCGGGUGACUUUUAGAAGAAUCAUAGUGAAAAAUAAUGCAAAGAAGAGGAAGAUGUUUGAAUCAUUUAUCGAAUCUGUGCCCCUCCUUAAGUCACUAGAGGUAUCAGAACGAAUGAAGAUUGUUGAUGUCAUUGGGGAGAAAGUCUAUAAGGAUGGAGAGCGCAUAAUUACUCAGGGUGAAAAGGCUGAUAGCUUUUACAUCAUCGAGUCUGGCGAAGUGAGGAUCUUGAUUAAAAGCAAGACUAAAUCAAGCAAGGAUGGUGGGAACCAGGAAGUUGAGAUUGCCCGCUGCCACAAGGGGCAGUACUUUGGAGAGCUGGCACUGGUCACCAACAAACCGAGAGCUGCUUCAGCGUAUGCAGUUGGAGAUGUCAAAUGCUUAGUUAUGGAUGUGCAAGCAUUUGAGAGGCUUCUAGGGCCCUGCAUGGACAUCAUGAAGAGGAACAUCUCACACUAUGAGGAACAGCUGGUGAAGAUAUUUGGCUCCAGCAUGGAUCUAAUCGACCCUGGGCAAUAGAUGUGCCACAUGCUAGAGCCUUCUCAAUGUGACACCAAAACCUUCCGGUCAGCCACAGAACACACACGGAAAACAGACAUGACAGAACGGUUCCUGCUGUUACCACCUCCGCUGCCAUUGCUGUGGCUAUGGGCAUUUAGAAAACUUGAAAAGUCAGUACUGAAGGAUGGACAGAGGUUUGACCCACACCUCCAUUUUGCUUCUGAAAGCCCAUUGUUAGACCACUUUUAAUGAUUCCUCCAGCCCAGUUUUCUCAUCUUUGGUUCAAAAUGGCAUGUCUCUCCAACAAGUUAAGUGCCUGAUACAAAGUCCAAAGCAUAAACAGUCUCCUUCCUCUCUUGCUGCUAUUACUGCUGUAGGAAGUUAUCACAACGUCUGCAGAGACCUGUUGUGUCUUUCUCAAGGGAGGAAAUGCUGUAGCCUUCAAUCUUUUCAUUCGUCCUUUGAGAAAGUUGACCUUUGUUCACAGUUCCACCUUGGAAGUUUUGUGAUGGAAGAUGGCAGAUGGGAUAGAGGUUUGUGUUCCAGGCACACUGCACUGUCUGCUGACAGCUGCUCACAGGCUCAGCUGUCUCUAAACCCAGAAGGACAGCUUCCCAAAGCAGACGGAUAGGUCCAUGGGACCCAUGUUGGAGCAGAAAAGUUUGGGUUCAGCAUAUUUUACAGGUAAUAAAGAGUGAGGAAGGGUUUCUGGGUUAGGAGUUGUUUUCUAAUGUGUUUUGUAGGUUUUUGUUUUGAUUUGUUGUUUAACCUCUGUGCAGUUUGCAUGAGUGAUUUGCUGUCCAUUUAUAAAGAGCCAGGAUCUAGAGGUGCCGUCACUUUGUCCAACCCAAAUACUUUCCUGGGCAACUCCUGCCGUUUCGUGUUUCUAGUUGCUCCACCUGCUAACAGCAGUGUGUUGCAAGAGGCUGUGCUACACUGAGCCCUUUCCUUCUGCUCCAGGGUUACGGUAUAGCUUCAGGAGCCUUCAGUUUGUAAAUUUUUAAAGAUCUUAUUCAAAUUAAAGAAAAUUUUUCUCUAUGGAAUUCUCCUUAGACAUACCCAUUCUAUGUGGUGUUUGUCAGUUGACCUAGACGUUCAACCUAAAGAUGAAUUCUGUAACUUUCAAAAAUUGGCAUCAUUUGUAAUUUCAUAGAAUUCAAGUUUUUUCUGAUUAAGAUGUUUAGAUAGUUGGGAUCCUAAUUGUUAAUCCCAGUAAAAGGUAACUUAGCCUAUAUCUAAGACCUUUUUAACCUUUUAAUUAUAACAGGUAGCAUUUCUGAUGGGUUGUGCUAAUUAGUUGGUAUGUUUCAGAGUGAAUUUUUUUUCUUCUGAAUCAUUUGGAAUCCUAGGAGCAGUAUAAAAUUUACAUACAGCUAUAUUUAAAUAUAGCUAAAUUUGUGUUAAAUCAAGAGGCCCUUUCUAAUAUGAUUUUCUGUUUCUUUUUAACUUGCAUCACUCAAUAAAUCCCUGAGAAAUUACAUGCUGGAGCUUGGGUCAUUCCUGUGUGGGUAAUGAUGGAGCCCAGUGAGCUGCCAUUGUCUGUAUACUGGGCUUUCAGCUUUUGCCAAGGAUUCUGUGGCCAAGAGAUUUCCAGAAUGGAUAGUCCACCACACCUUGGUAAUUCUUCAUUUUUUUUCCCUUGUACUCCACCCAUGAAAUGAAAGCAGAAAGACUCUUUAGAAUGCCAUAAGUAGCCUACAUUGCAACUCUCAGAAUCGUGAAAGAUUGUAAAACUCCAAAACAGGCAGCUAGCACUGGGAAAGCCUGUGUGGUGAUCCCACAUUUUCCUAAGGUUCUUCUUUUCUAUAGUGUUGCUUUGUUAUCUGACAGAUUCAGAUUGCAAGUCUUCUACUCUGACAAGAACCACAGGUUUCUUACAGAGCAUCAGGUGCAUUGGACUUCAGGAGUGAUGUCAAGGUUCAGUCCCAGACCCUAUGAGCUGUUUGAACACUGAGCAGAUGUUCCCUCCCCAGACCCUGAUACCAGCAUUAAUUAGGGUUGGCAUUAAUUUGAUGCCAGAUGAAUGGCAUGCAAGCUGUACUGUAGGCUUCUAGGUGUGGGCCCUCUCAUUGCCUGUUUUUACACAUCCCAGUCUAGUCUUUCCCUUUGCAGGACCCUCCUUGAUGCCCCCAAUAGUGGUGAUUUUUUCAGAGCAGCGUUUGUCAGGUUUAAGUCCUGCUCUAACUACUGAUUAACAUCUAGAUCAUCAGUCCAGACCUUUGGGUUCAAGACUGAGGAAUAAAGACUUUAAAGGGACAAGUAUGAGUAAAAUAGGACAGCCAUUACCACAGCACCAGAAUCUGAUAGUGUUCAGUUAUCUUUGAGAAUUAGGAAUUAAAAGGGGCAGGCCAAUUUCAGCGUAGGGCUGUGGUGUCCACAUUGUACCAGGGAAUCCUUGCACUGAUAGUUGAGCCUCAUAAGAAGGAACAUAUAUUGGGAAGAAAUGCCUCUAAGAUCAACUGUUUUCAUGUUCUCCUCCGUGGCUUAGGCCCUCAGGCCUCCUUUUCUGGCUUUGUUGAUUUUUGGAUGGCAAAGAAAAUUCUUAAAAAGCCUGGAGGUCCAGUCUGCAGUGUUCUCCUUCCUUUUGGCCCCCAACUCAUCCCAUCCACUCUUGACUGACUUCUCAGAAGGUGUGGUUUCCAUUUCUUGUCCUGGUAGUAUCUGCAUUUGUAAUUGCUGUAGAUGAUCUCAGAGACUAGGAUUGAGCCUUUCUCGGAGCAGCUUAAUGAGCAGAUUCAGCAGCAAAGUGGCAAGGACAGGCGAUGCUCCUACUCGGAUUUCCCAGGCUCUCUGCUCACAGCAGUGUGGUCAGUAAAAGGUGCUACUGGCACCCAGCAGCACCCUGGGCAUGCAGCAUUUCAUGUUGUGUCACAGUAUGCCAACCGUCCCCGCAGUGAGAAAAAGAAAAUGCACAGUGAAGAAAAAAAAAGACCCAUGAAUGUCAUCUUUUUAUUUGUUUGUUUGUUUUUUCAGUUGGCUGAAGUUGGAAUUUUUGUUCCUGACAUGCACUUGUAAACCAAUCUUGCCAAGAUAUAGGUUGUUCUGGUUUUUCACUACGGUUACCUCUUGUUCCUCCUGUCCUGACUGCUGACAUUCUUCAAUGAUUCUAAUGUCUGUUUUAUGGGGAGCAGCCUUCUCAUGGGUUUCCUUUUACACACUGCAGGGCUAUCUUUAUACUUUAAACAAACAAACAAACAAAAAAAGGACAAAAAUUGUCACUAACCUCAUGGGGGAUUUGCAGAAAAUCAUUUAGCCCAAUUGGAGCAAAGGGUAGAUUUCUCAUUGUUUUUUUUAAAGCUCAUUGUAAUUGUAAUAAAAGGAAUCAGAGUCACCAUUAUUGUGCUACCUCAGUGGUAAAAAAAAAUGUUUUAAGGUCUUCUUUGGGACCUGAGUUUCACGCGUAGUGUUUAAAAUGUGUUUCAGUUGGAAUUAUUUGUUAAAUCAUUGGGGUGAGUCUUAUUUUAACCUGUUUUACACUUGUAUUUUAAUCUCAGAAGAACAAGUGAUUAGAAAGUGAUCAAUUCUUGCUCUGUAGUAUUAACUUACUAUUAAAAGUCAUUAAGAGUUAAAAUCAUUGUCGUAAACAAGGCUGGGUUUUUUAAAAGGAAACCGCAGGGCUCAGCUUCACUUUCAGUUAAUAAAGGCUGACAAAUCUUGUCUGAA